AAUAACUACGCUGUACGACGUCUCUGUCGGGCAUUCUAUCGUUUCAUAUCACCAACCCUCGUUCUUUGUUCGCAUCAUCGUCAUCGUCAGAGACUGGCCAGAAACGUCCAGUCUCUCGGCUCUGUUCUCUGCACCUAACAAUUCUUCCCUUUCGGACACCGGAUACACGGUCACAGAGCGGAUUCAUCGCCCACACCGAUCAAGCACUAUGGAAUACACCAUGGAAGAUACACAGAACUCGGCCCCAGAUGCCCACGAAGUCUCCAAGUUGAAUUCAUCCGCGCAAAGAAGCGAUACGCAAAGCGUGACUAAACGCCUGCAAUCCGAAUUAAUGCAACUCAUGCUCUCCCCCUCCCCCGGAAUCUCUGCCUUCCCCAACGCAGACGGUAACCUGCUCUUCUGGACUGCCACGAUCACGGGCCCGACAGAGACACCCUACGAAGGGCUGACUUUGAAGCUCUCUUUCGAGUUUCCGAACAACUAUCCUUAUUCUCCUCCGACAGUCCUUUUUAAGACGCCUAUCUAUCACCCCAAUGUCGAUUUCUCCGGGCGGAUCUGUUUGGAUAUCCUGAAGGACAAGUGGAGUGCUGUGUACAAUGUCCAGAGCGUGUUGCUGAGCUUGCAGAGCUUGCUGGGGGAGCCCAACAAUUCGAGUCCUUUGAAUGCCCAGGCUGCAGAGCUUUGGGACACAGACCAGGAGGAAUUCAAAAAGCAUGUGCUUGCUCGACACCGCGACGUCGAGGAUCUCGAGUAGAUCGGGGACUAUACCUGUAGGUCCUGCGGUGAUUAUCCUGGCUAUGAAUAUUGCCAUGGAUGCGACGCGGCGCAAUGCGUGCAUAUGCAUAUCGGAUACAUUGGUUCUGGAGUUUCCGCGUUGGGUUUCUUUUUUUUUCGUUUUCCUUUCUUCACAGCGACUUAGGACCGUGGAAUUGAGCACCAUACAGGAAGAACCGCGAGUCUGGAGCUAUCUGUUGUGUCUGGUUACUUUCUUUGCCUUUUGUCAUCGUUUUUAUGUCUUGUUUGUCGUAUUAAUAUUGUCUCCUUCCUCCAGUGGAAGUGUGGAGUACAGUUAGUCCUUCAUAGCAGUGUCUAUAUCUGGACUUGGACUGAGAUUGUUCAAGUCUAUUCUAAUUAUCAUACGCCCAUUCCAAUCCGUCUCAUCCCUGUU